AUGUGCGAUGAAGGUGAUGUUUGGAAUCCUAAACCUGAAGUAAUUGAAAAUGUUGGCAAAGAAGUGGAUCAAGUUGUUAGACGUAAAUAUUUGGAAAGAUCAGUUUGGAAUUUGGAAAUUGAAACUUUGGUGAUAUUUAAGUAG